GAAAAAUGCCAAGACAAUGUGAUUAUUAUUGAACAUGUCUGGAUGUACGGAAGUAAAUAAGGCGGGGCUUUGUUUGUGAAAUAACCGUCGUUCUGUCUUUGUAAUAGUCAGGUGUAGCGGGUGAGAAACUACUGUACAAUCUACCUCCGAAAUGAAGGACCGCUUGGCCGAUUUGACAGCCAUCUGCUGUGACAUCAGCGCUCCUGUGGAGUCCAAUGCUUUUCUAGAGGAAUUCCUCCCCAAGGUGGAUGAGGUUCAGAAAGGUAUUGAAAGGAUUUCCUACUGUGUGGGAGAAGUAAGGCUGAGGCAUGGUACCAUUUUGACAGAAAUCAAACCACCGGACUAUUUAAGAGAGGAACUUGAGCAGUUUAACAGAGAUAUCAAAAAGACAGCAGAUGUAAUCCAGAUUAAACUGAAAGAUUUGGAAGGAAGUUUUGCUCAGAAUGUAAAUGCAAAUAGUGGCUCUGUGUACUGUCGCAUCCUGAGAACUCAGCACACAGUGCUUUCACUGAGGUUUGCAGAAAUAAUGAAUAUGUACAACCAAGAACUGAUAUCUUUCAGAAAAAGAAGUAAAGAACGGAUCCAAAGACAGCUGGAUAUCAGUGGCAGAGUUGUCAGUGAAGAGGAGACUGAGGCUUUGCUGCAGAGUAACAACCCUUCUGUCUUUACCUCUGAUAUGCUUUCUGACUCUUGCAUCACAUGGCAAGCACUGAACGAGAUUGAGUCACGACAUAAGGAUAUUCUCUGCCUGGAGGCCAGCAUUCGAGAGCUGCAUAACUUGUUUAUGGAUAUUGUCGUGUUAGUGAACAGUCAGGGUGAGAUGGCAAACAACAUAGCAAAGACUGUGAUGAAAGCUGAAAACUAUGUAGAUCAAGGUAAAGGAAAUAUUGCAAAUGCUGUGGUUUACAAGCAUUCAUGGCGAAUAAGACUUCCUCCUCUCUGCAGUUCAUUCAAGAGCAAAGCUAAACCAGUGACCAGUGACCUCUCUUGAAAACUUAACCGAGUGUCAUGUAAAGUGCUCAAACUGUGGAACUUGCCUUGUUUGAAUUUGAUAAUGUGUCCUGUGCAAAUGACUUGUGAUUCAUACAGUGAUUUAUUCUGUAUGCUCUAAAAAGCAGCAGUACCUUUGCCUUUCAUAGCAGAAUUCCCACCCUUUAGUUUUUGUUCUACUUCCUGAAAUUUUGCUCAUCAGAUCUUUUUGAUCUGUCUGACUUCCUCAACGUUUGUCUAUUUCCAAACAAACAUUCUUGGUGGUUUCCACCAAUAUAGUUAAUCAUUAAGCUUGCACUCAAAUGGUAGACUAGCAGACUUUCUGAUGCAAUAUAUCAACAAAUCAAUAUGUUACCUGUGGGUCUCAACGCAACAGCCAAUUUGCAGUUGUUUUUUGUGUUGUUUUGUUGUAAUUCUGUUAUGUUUGUGAGUUGGUGACAAUUGGUUUGGUUUUAUUUGACCUAACGACUUUUGAUUUAGACACUGGUCUGAUAAAAGUAUAUUGGCAGCUUUUCUAUUUCAAAAUCCAAAUUAAGGAAUGGGUCAAAUAUUAACACGUCUUAUAUCUGCAGUCCUUGAAAAUGUAUGACAUGUUUUCAUUGCUUGCUAAUGGUUUAAUUAAAUGAGAAUGUUGCAGGGAUAUUGUAGAAACUGACUUGCAAGUGCUUUAAAUAAAAGGUCAGACCACAAUUUAUUUGAAAGCAAACGAUAGUCUGUUGGUUUAUUGAGGUACUGUUCUGUUAACCCUUCUAUUGUGUUCCGGUCAAAAUUGACCAAUUCACUCUUUCUUUUCUUUUCUGACAACUGUAGUUUAUUUCAUCCAGUUGGAAUAAAAUUCCAUGACUUUGUUCACACAGGGCAUUUGAACACUCACAUUUGUUUUUAGAUCAUUUUCAUGAAAUUGUAUUGGUUUUAUUUCAAUUUGUUACACCUGUGGUUUUCCCGAUCUAAAGUGACCGUCCAUUGGAAAUUAAUGGAUUAU